GGUACCCCUGGGAAGACUUCCACUCCCAGCAUGCUGUACUUCGGAACUCUGAAUCCCAGAAUGCAACGCUCUCUCGCUCCCAGAGCUCCAUCGAGACUACAGUUCCCGGCAUGCAGCGCCGCCCCCAGUCUCCGGCGCCCCGCUGGACGCUGCUUCGGAGAGACCUUUCGGGGCGGGCCCUGAAAUCUCAGCCCGCUUUGGGGCUUGUGUCCGCGGGGCAGUUCUGGCGUUUUGGGCCUGUCCGGACGAAGCCUCGAAGGGAUUGGUUGGGGCCUGGCCUGGGCUUCCCUCAGGCAGCGUUUGAGGCAGCCCUCACAGGGUCCUCCGGGGGCCUUUCUCCCUUUGAACUGCGGUGGCGGGCGGGUGCGCUGUCUACUGCACCCCUCAGAGCCGGGGCCGCCAUCACCAUGGCCACGGCUGCGAGUCGGCCCUGCCCCGGCGGGUCGCGGGACAUCCUGUGGCGCGUUUUGGGCUGGCGGAUAGUUGCAAGUAUUGUCUGGUCAGUGCUGCUUCUACCCAUCUGUACCACAGUAUUUAUAAUCUUCAGCAGCAUUGAUUUAUUUCAUCCUAUUCAGUGGCUUUCUGAUUCUUUCAAUGAUCUGUAUAGUUCCUAUGUAAUCUUUUACCUCCUGCUGCUGUCAGUGGUAAUAGUAAUAAUAAGUAUUUUUAAUGUGGAGUUCUAUGCAGUUGUGCCUUCCAUUCCCUGCUCCAGACUGGCACUGAUAGGGAAGAUCAUUCACCCGCAGCAGCUCAUGCACUCAUUUGUCCAUGCUGCAAUGGGAAUGCUCGUGGCUUGGUGUGCUGCGGUGAUAACCAAGGGUCAAUACAGUUUUCUUGUGGUUCCCUGCACUGGUACUGAGAGUUUAAAUAGCCCUGCUGCACAGACCUGCUUAAAUGAGUAUCACCUUUUUUUUCUACUGGCUGGAGCAUUUAUGGGCUACAGCUAUAGUCUCCUGUAUUUUAUUAACAACAUGAACUAUCUGCCAUUUCCCAUCAUACAGCAAUACAAGUUCUUACGCUUCAGGAGAUCUCUGCUCUUGUUAGUUAAGCAUAGUUGUGUGGAAUCGUUGUUCCUGAUUAGAAAUUUCUGCAUCGUCUAUUAUUUUCUUGGCCAUAUUCCCAAAGCUUGGAUUAGCACUGCGAUGGACCUUCAGAUAGAUGAGCAGUUUCGCAGGCCUCUUGACACUGUGCGUGGCCUCUUGAAUCUCUCGUUACUCUACCAUGUCUGGCUAUGUGGUGUCUUUCUUCUGAUGACUUGGUAUAUCUCAUGGAUACUCUUCAAAAUCUUUGCCACAGAGGCUCAUCUGUUCCCUGUUCAGCCACCAUUUUCAGAAGAGUCAGAUGAAUGCCUCCCGAAGGUUUUAAACAGCAAUCCUCCCCUCAUCAUAAAGUAUUUGGCCUUGCAGGACCUGAUGUUGCUUUCUCAGUAUUCUCCUUCACGAAGACAAGAAGUUUUUAGCCUUAGCCAACCAGGUGGACAUCCCCACAAUUGGACAGCCAUUUCAAGGGAGUGUUUGAAUCUUUUAAAUGAUAUGACUCAGAAACUGGUUCUCUACCAAGAAGCUGCUGCUACGAAUGGGAGAAUGGUGUCCUCAUACUCCAUGGAACCCAAGAAAUCGAAUUCUCCAGAAGAAACUACUUUUCAGACCCCGAAAUCUAGCCACAUGGCUCGGCCCUCAGUGCCACCGCUAGUUAAGACGUCACUGUUUUCCUCCAAAUUAUCUACACCUGAUGUUGCAAGUCCUCUCGGAAGCCCAUUUGGCUCUAGUGUCGUGAAUCGGAUGGCUGGAAUUUUUGAUGUAAAUACCUGCUAUGGGUCCCCUCAAAGUUCUCAGCUAAUAAGAAGAGGGCCAAGAUUGUGGACUUCUGCUCCGGAUCAGCAGAUGACUGAAUUUUCUAAUCCUUCUCCAUCUACCUCUGUUAGUGCUGAGAGUAAGACAGCGAGACAGCCCAGUAUGAUUUACUCAUGGAUUCAGAAUAAACGUGAACAGGUUAAGAAUUUCUUAUCAAAACGGGUGCUGAUAAUGUAUUUUUUCAGUAAGCACCCAGAGGCCUCUAUUCAGGCUGUUUUUUCAGAUGCCCAAAUGCAUAUUUGGGCAUUGGAAGGUCUGUCUCAUUUAGUAGCAGCAUCAUUUACCGAAGAUAGAUUUGGAGUUGUCCAGACUACACUACCAGCUAUUCUUAAUACCUUGUUGACGCUGCAAGAGGCAGUCGACAAGUACUUCAAACUUCCUCAUGCUUCCAGUAAACCACCUCGGAUUUCAGGAAGCCUUGUGGAUGCUUCCUAUAAGACGUUAAGAUUUGCAUUUAGAGCAUCACUAAAAACUGCCAUCUAUAGAAUAACUACUACAUUUGGUGAACAUCUGAAUGCUGUGCAAGCAUCUGCAGAACAUCAGAAGAGACUUCAACAGUUCUUGGAGUUCAAAGAAUAGCUCAGUAAUAUAAACUGUGUUCAUUACACUGCUGAUACAGCUACAGAUGGGACAGUAAAUGUUCAGCAUUCUUGGAUCAGAAGAAAAUGGACUAAUUAGAUGCUUCCUUUGUCGUGGUGGUUGCUUUGAAAACUAUACUUUAAUGGGAGAAAUCAUGGAAAGAAAUUCUCAACAGAAUAACCGAAAACUGCCUUUUCUGUACCGAUUGCUUUUUGUGUGUGUGACAGUAUAAUAAAAUCUUUAUUCAAUUUUA